AUGUAAUUACCAUCACAAUAAGUUGGAAUAGUUACUUAUUACUCUGAUUAAUUUGAACCAUAAUGUCCUUUAUGUUAAUCUGGAGAACAUAUUUCAUAAACAGAAUCUAAUUUUGCUUAGUCAACUCAUGCAAUAGCAGGAUAAUAAGUUCGUGGGAGAGGUAAAAAAAAUUAUUAUUAUUAGUUGUUUAUACUUCUCCUGAAAGAAUAGUAUCACGAAAGGUUAUAGAAGGUGUAGCCUUAUCACCUAUGUAAAUAAGAUAGUAAUAAGCAAUAACUCCUCCUAGAGUAAUGCCAAUAACAUCUUAAAUCAUCAAUACUCCCCCAAUAGUUUAGUAGAAAUCACCAAUAUUGGUUCAACAAUCCCCAAUGAUUUUAUAGUAAGCUCCAAUUCAACUAUAAUAAUCUCCUAUUGCUAUAAAUUCUCAAUCUAAUGUCAUGUAAUAAGCAAUUUAUUAAUCACAAAUUCCAAUGAAUUAAUAGUAAUAUUAAAUAUAACCUUAAAUUUAAUAAGCUUAAAUAAAUUAAACAAACAUUAAUACAUAAUUCAAUUAAUAACUGUAAUAAUCUUAAUUAAUAUAACAAGAAUUAUUAUUGAAAUAAAAAGAAUGGGCUGAAAAAUAUUAUAAACAAUCUGAAGAAAUUUAGUAGCAUAAUUUAGCAUAUUCUUAAUUGUAAACUUAAUAUUAAGAGUAAUUAGAAUAAUAUGAAGCAUUGAAACAAGCUUACUCAUUAUCAACUUAAUAUUCUUCUUAAAAUUUUAUUCCAUCAUUUUUAUAAACUGUUUAAUAUAAAGUUAUAACAAAAGAUGGUAAAUCUUAAUACAGUUAAGAGGAAAUUGAAAUAUAUUGGAGACAUCAAGUUUUUAAAUUAGAAGAGUAAAUGUAUUAAUUAUGGGAAAAGAUUAAUUAAAAAAAACAAAAAAAAGAUUUACCUAAUAAAUCAGAUGAUACUCAAAAAGUAUUAGUUUAUUAUUGAUUUUAAGAUUGAAUAAUUAUAAUUAGAAGUUGGACAUUUAGAACAUAUUUAAAGAAUGAAAAUGAAUUCUGUAGUAAUAUUAAGAAAUAAACUGAAUGAUCUCAUGUAUUAACAUGAUCCAGCAACAGAAGCUACAAGAGAACAUGAUUUAUAAUUACAAUAACUUAGAUAAAAAGUAAUGCAAUUAAGUUCAAGAUUAACUGAUAUUUAAGAUGAAAUAUAAAUGGCAGAGUCAUAAAAUGAAGCAAUUAAGAGUGGAAAAGGAUUUAAAUUUGUUUCUGUUAAAUAAACUAGUAGCUAAGUUCGAUAAGUUACAAGUUCUAUAAGAUCUAAUUAGGUUUAAGAUUAUUAAGUUUCUUGA